AUGGCGGGGAUUUUAGAGGAUCCAGAGAAUGCAAAUAAAGGUACUGAGUAUGUUGUACGAGAUGUGGAGGAUCAUCCACCCCCACAUCCCUAUGAUGUUGGAGAUGUGAUCCCCGAUGAUGGGCGCAUCGUUACCCAACAAGAACAGACGAGUCUUUUGCGAGGAUUGUCUCAGCGACAUGUGCAAAUGAUUGCUAUUGCAGGUGCUAUUGGUACCGGUCUGUUUCUUGGUCUUGGUAGCUCGAUCGCUACCGGUGGUCCACUUGGCGCUUUGCUGGGAUAUGCGCUUGUAGGAUUGGUAGUCUGUGCUAUACAAUUCGCUCUGGGUGAGGUAUCAGCCUUGCUGCCCGUGACAGGUUCAUUCGUUCGCCAUGCUGAGGUCCUUGUUGAUCCUGCGAUGGCCUUUGCAAUCGGUUGGAAUGUCGUUUACGGAUGUUUCAUCAGUGUCCCCAGUGAAAUCUCGGCGAGCGUGGUGUUGAUCCAAUACUGGACUGAAUCAGUCAACCCUGCAGUUUGGGUGACUAUCCUCAUUGUGGUAUCGGUUGGUGUCGCGGUAUCAUUCAUCGGCGUGUACGGCGAGAUUGAAUUCUUCUUCGCAAUUCUUAAAAUCUUGCUGGUUGUCUUUGUCGUUAUCCUGGGUCUGGUUAUCGAUCUCGGUGGCAUCCCAGGCAAACCGCGUUUGGGUUUCCACUACUGGAAGGAUCCUGGGCCACUUGUUGAGUAUAUCGCUUCUGGAUCUUGGGGAAGGUUCCUUGGUUUCUGGGCUGUGAUGACGAAUGCAGUCUACUCCUUUGCCGGCGUCGAGUCCUUGGCUAUGGCCGCAGCGGAAACCAAGAACCCACGGCAGAACAUCCCCAAAGCGUGUAAGCGCGUGUUUGCACGAGUCACGAUUUUCUAUCUUGCCGCAGUUUUGAUCGUGGGUAUGUUGGUGCGAAGCGACGAUCCUCGUCUUCAAGAUUACGCGGAAACUGCUGCUCAGAGUCCCUUCGUCAUUGCGGCCAGUGACGCAGGUAUUAAGGCCAUUCCAUCCGUUGUGAAUGCCAUUUGUCUGACCUCUGCAUGGUCUUCCUCCAAUCAGAGUAUCCUGGCAGGUACCAGAACUCUCUAUGGUCUCGCAAUCAAGGGUCACGCUCCCAAGAUCUUUCUUCGAACUAACAAAUGGGGUGUGCCGUAUACGUGUGUGGCGAUGCAAGUUGCAUUCUCUUUCUUGGCCUAUAUGUGUGUUUCGAACAGCGCACUCACUGUGUUUUAUUGGCUUGUGGAUUUGACCGCUGCUGGCACUCUGAUCUCAUGGAUCACUAUUGCGUUGAACCACAUUCGUCUGCUUCAAGCGCUCAAGGAGCAGGGGAUCUCCCCACAAUCCUUGCCGUGGCACAAUCGCAUAACCAGAUACUCCAGUUGGUUUGCCUUGAUUUCAUGCGUGGUCAUACUAUUUACAGGAGGGUUUGCAGUCUUCACCAAAGGAAGCUGGGAUCCCGCCACGUUUGUCUCUUCAUAUCUGGAUAUUCCGUUGGUGCUACUCGCAUACGGAGGAUAUAAGCUAAUUCGGCGCACCAAGAUAAUCCCCUUGCAAAUGGUGCCAAUUCGUCAAGCAUUAGACGAAGCAGCCAAUGACCCCGAGAAUGUGCCUAUCAAAACAGAUACCAUAUUAGCGAAGAUUAAUAUCUUUUGGGGCUAG